ACGCCGAGGAAUCAUCCUCAUCCAUACGGAUUAAUUGACCCGCCUACCGCAACCUAUUCAGCCGGAUUUUAUCCACAACCAGACGGUCAUGUUAGGAGGAACACUGUAGUUAAUCAUAAACUACUUAAAUUAAUUUCAGAGGAGAUUGAUGCGUAGAGUUAAUUAUCUGUACGACGUUUUCGGCGCCUGUAUUCAAUUCAGCGGUUCCAGCAUAAUAAAUCGAUGUGACAGUUCGCAACGUAAAUAAACUAAAGUUGUCAAACCCGUAGCAUGGUUCGUGAGGUUAUUUGUUAUUAGCUGAUCUGUUUGACCAAGGGCACAUUUAAAUAAUCCAAGAUGCCGAAAGAGAAAAGUGUUAAAAAGUCACGUAUUCAUCAGGAUAUUCAGAAGCAAGGUAUUGUCUUCAACAAGGACUUUGGGCAGCAUAUCCUGAAGAAUCCCCUCGUUAUCACAAGCAUGAUCGAUAAAUCGGCGUUACGAAACACAGAUGUUGUUUUGGAAAUUGGCCCUGGUACCGGUAACAUGACCGUAAAAAUACUAGAAAAAGUGAAGAAAGUUGUCGCUUGUGAAAUCGAUACUAGACUCGUGGCGGAAUUGCAAAAGCGAGUACAGGGUACUCCAUUUCAAACAAAAUUACAGAUCCUUGUUGGCGACGUGCUCAAAGCGGAACUCCCCUUCUUCGAUGUGUGUGUAGCGAAUGUUCCAUACCAAAUCAGCUCUCCCCUUAUAUUCAAACUGCUUCUCCAUCGACCCUUAUUCAGGUGUGCCGUGUUGAUGUUUCAGAGAGAAUUUGCGCAAAGAUUGGUUGCAAAACCUGGGGAUAAGCUGUAUUGCAGGUUGAGUAUAAAUACUCAGUUGCUGGCGCGAGUUGAUAUGCUCAUGAAGGUAGGAAAAAACAACUUCAAACCACCACCUAAAGUCGAAUCGAGUGUGGUUCGAAUUGAGCCGCGAAACCCACCACCCCCUGUAAAUUUCACCGAGUGGGAUGGAUUGACCAGGAUAGCUUUCCUCAGAAAGAACAAGACCCUUGGAGCAGCAUUCAAACAGUCGUCAGUACUUGAUAUGCUGGAAAAAAAUUACAAACUUCAUUGCUCUAUCCGGAAUAUUGAAAUCACCGAUCCACUCAAUAUGCAGGAAAAAGUGACAAAGAUAUUGGAGGAUCUCAAUGCAGACCAAAUGCGAGCAAAGAAUAUGGAUAUUGACGACUUCAUGAAAAUAUUGUAUGCUUUCAAUUCUGCUGACAUACAUUUUAGCUAA